AUGAAGGUCCUCGUGGUUCUCGUGCUCGCCGUUUUCACUGCUGGCUGCAAUGCCAACGUCACAUGGCGCGACCAGCCCAAACAGAAGGCUGAAAUGGUGAAAGAUGCUUUCUGGGACUACAUUGCAAAGGUAACCGCCACCGCUGAGGAGUCCCUGAAGAAGAUCAGAGAAUCUGAGCUGGGACAGGAAAUGAACACCUUCAUUGCAACAAGCACUGAUGCCAUCAACACAGUCACCAACACCCUGCACACUCAAGUGGCUCCUCUGGCCCAAGACUUCAUGUCUAAGUUCUCCCAGGAGGCAGAGAAGCUGAAGACCCAAAUGGAGACGGAUCUGGAAGCCGUGAGGGCCCGACUGCAGCCCUACACCGAGGAGCUGGUGGCCAAGGUGGAGGAGCUGAAGAAAGACACGGCCUCCUACGCUGAGGACCCAGAGGCCCUGAAGGCUGCCCUGCAGCAGAAGAGCCAGGAGCUGAAGAUGCAGUUGGAGCAGAAAGUGAACCGGCUGCAGGCUCAGAUGGUGCCAUACACAGAGGAGAUAAAGGAGAAGAUGCAGGAGAGCCUGGAGGAGUUUCAGAGGAACUUUGAGGCCCAGAUGACCCAGAUAAGCCAGAAAAUCAGCGGACUGAUCCACGGGCGUGCUUAA